UCCGUGUUUCCGUCCCCACUUGGUCCAACAUGGCCGCGUCCAUGGCGAGGACCUGCCGGCACGUCCCGCGGCGUGGACCGUGUGUUCUGCGCCUCACGCUCAGGUCGAAGCUCCACAACGGACUGCUGCUUUCUCUAAAUAAACGCGGCAUCCUGAAGGAGUCUUUCCCGGAGGACGCGGCGCAGGACCGGCUCCCGCGGCUGCUCCAAUCCGGCGCGCAGACCGUGUACUGCGGCUUCGACCCCACGGCCGAUAGCCUCCAUGUGGGCAACUUGCUCGCCAUCGUCGGCCUCUUGCACUUCCGCAGCGCCGGACACCACGUCCUCGCCGUGCUCGGAGGGGCCACGGCGCAGAUCGGAGACCCCAGCGGGAAAACGAGCGAGCGAGAGCGGCUGUCGGCGGAGGUCGCGGAGGCGAACACCCGCGGCAUCCGCGAGAGCAUCCAGCGGGUUUUCACCAACCACGAGCUUCACUUUCACGACGGCUCCCGGAAGGCGGGCACGGUGACCGUGCUGAACAACCUGAGCUGGUACAAGAACCGCGGCGUGGUGGACUUUCUCUCCGAGGCCGGAAGGCACCUGAGGAUGGGGACCAUGCUCAGCCGCCACAGCGUGCAGUCCCGCCUGAGGAGCGCGGACGGAAUGAGCCUGACCGAGUUCACCUACCAGGUGUUCCAAGCGUACGACUUCCACCACCUCAACCAGAUCUACGGCUGCAAGAUCCAGCUCGGGGGCACCGACCAGCUGGGCAACCUGAUGUCUGGACACGAGUACAUUCACAAAGCGAGCGGCGACGAGGUGUUCGGUCUCACCGUCCCGUUGGUGACCAGCUCGGCCGGGGACAAGCUGGGGAAGACGGCAGGCAACGCGGUGUGGCUCAACAGAGACAAGACGUCUCCCUUUGAGUUCUACCAGUUCUUUCUCCGGCAGCCUGACGCCAGUGUGGAAAGGUUCCUGAAGCUGUUUACUUUCCUGCCCCUGGCGGAGGUGGAGAGGCUGAUGGAGCAGCAGCGGGACGACCCAGGAAAACGCCUCGCACACAAGCGGCUGGCGGCGGAGGUGACCAAACUGGUGCACGGAAAAGAGGGCCUGGAGAGUGCAAAGAGGUGCACUGACGCAUUGUACCACAGCAGCGUGCAGGCCUUGGAAGAAAUGAGUGACGGUGAGCUUCAGGAGCUUUUCAGGGAGGCGCCCUUCCACGAGCUGCUGCUGGAACCCGGUACCACAGUGAUGGACGCCUGUCGCAGGCUCAGCGCCGUCCCAGAGGGACCCAGGGGGUAUCAGAUGGUUUCAGAGGGCGCCGUGUGGAUCAACCACAGGCGGACGGACAAUCCAGAGCAGCUACUCCUCCCCAAACUCCACAUCCUGUCCAAUGGACUCACCUUGCUCAGAGUGGGCAAGAGGAACUUCUACAUCAUCAAGUGGCUCAGUCUCCAAGGCCUUUCAUGAGGGACGAGUUUGACCCGUGAUGAGCUGGCCGGGAAGGUAGGCGCCAAGCCGUGGUCAGUGAGGACACGUGGAAAAGGACGAAUAUUUUGGAACAUACCUGGGUUGUUGCCGUAGGGAUUUCCUGUGGUUGUCAUAUAAAUAUGUGUAUGCACAGAUGGGACGUUUACCCGAUGCAAUGGUAUUAUUAAAAGGCGUGUGAUGUACAGAUUGUCGCGUGCUGACUUUGUACUUCUACAGUUCUGGACAGCGAACACUAGAGGGCAGCGUUGUCCCAGUCAAACCGCUGCACCGCGUAGGCCGCUGCUACCACAUCCGUAAAUAAUUGCCCACAGUAAAAUUCAAUUGCAUCAUUUCUCGCAAAUAGGUUAUCGUUCUAUGUUUAGCACAUCCUGUUUAAUUUAUUUUAUUCGAUGGUAACACGAGGCCAACAUCUGCGUCAGUGUGGCUGUUUUUCCUGCCUUAGUGUAAAUUGUACUAGAGAGAAAGAUACAAGUUUUGGGAGGAUUUCUAAAAUGAAUCGAUCUUGCUUGUAGAUUAUUUUCACGUUUCAUAAAUUUGAUAUUCCCAUUUCUAGAAUUUUGUAUUUAAAUAUCGGUAUUUGUUCUCAAUGUGGUGAGCUUAAAGUUAUCAAUUUUGUGCCUAUGCCCGUUAUUGUUCUUUUUUUUCUUUUUUAUUUUUUCUCAUAGGUUUUUUUUUUUCUUCUACAUUUGUAGACUUCUUGAAGGGCAGAUGUGCAUUGCUUUCUCUUUCAUCUACCCAUCUCUUUUAUCACUGCUGUGGCCAGUGGAGAUCAAGACAGGAUCUGCUGACCUUCACUUACGCUUCUCAGCUCCAGAGGAUUGUUGGAAAUACUGUGACACAAGGAUAUACUUCCACCCAAUUUACAGAUUGGGGUUUUGGCCAUUGCUUGAUAGUUUUGACUUGGAGGGGGUAUAUCUACUGCAUCACAAGUCGACAAAUUGAAGCAUACAUGUAGAUUCAAUAAUGUUAUUUAUAAGUGUGGGAAAUGUAUAAACAUCUCCAUUCUAACGUAUUCAUUGAAGACUGCCUCCAUAACGUCUCUAUACAUUUGUAUUUUAGGAAUAAUAUAUGUACUUA